UUAAAAGAUCACACAUAGCUAUUGUGACUCUUCGUGUAGGUUGAGGAAUGUUUAGUAAAGAAAAGUUAGAAAUUAUUCUCACUUUUGAGAAAGGGAGAUAGGAAAACAAAUUAUAGCAUAAGGUAGUGUGUCUUAAAAGUAUAUACAGAGUAGAAGCACACAAAGAAAAUGGUUGAUUUCAUACCAUGACAAGGAAAUGAAUGGGGAAUGUAUAGAGUUUCCAGGAAACCUCAAGAAUGGAGUCUAAACCUUCAAGGAUUCCAAGAAGAAUUUCUGUUCAACCCCCCAGCUCUUUAAGUGCUAGGAUGAUGUCUGGAAGCAGAGGAAAUAGUUUAAAUGAUACCUAUCACUCAAGAGAGUCUUCAUUUAGACUGGAUUCUGAAUAUCAGUCUACAUCAGCAUCAGCAUCUGCAUCACCAUUUCAGUCUCCAUGGUAUAGUGAAUCUGAGAUAACUCAGGGAGCACGAUCAAGAUCACAAAACCAGCAACGGGAUCAUGAUUCAAAAAGACCUAAACUUUCCUGCACAAACUGUACAUCUACCUCAGUCGGGAGAAAUACUGGACAUGGUUUAAAUGCAGUAUCAGAUUCUUCAUGGAGACAUAAUCAAGUUCCCAGAUCUUCAUCAAUGGUACUUGGAUCAUUUGGAACUGACUUAAUGAGAGAGAGAAGAGAUUUAGAGAGAAGAGCAGAUUCUUCCAUUAGUAAUCUUAUGGAUUAUAGUCACCGAAGUGGUGAUUUCACAACUUCAUCAUAUGUUCAAGACAGAGUUCCUUCUUCAUAUUCACAGGGAGCAAGACCAAAAGAUAACUCAGUGAGCACUUUACAGUUGAAUACAUCAUCCACAAACCACCAAAUGCCUUCUGAACAUCAGACCAUACCAUGUUCUAGGGACUCUAGUAGAAAUUCUCUAAGAUCAAAUUCUUCUCCAAGAGAAUUGGAAUCUCCCCAAAGCAGUACACAACCUGGAUUUUCUUAUGUUUCAAAUAGAGAUGAAACCUCAAGCAGUUCAGAUAGGGUUGGUUCAUCUCAAAGAUCAUUUCAAGAAUCUUCUGACAACGAAGGUAGACGUUCGACCAGGAGAUUGCUGUCGCGUAUAGCUUCUAGUAUGUCAUCUACCUUUUUUUCACGAAGAUCUAGCCAGGAUUCCUUGAAUACAAGAUCAUUGAGUUCUGAAAAUUCUUACGUGUCUCCAAGAAUCUUGACAGCUUCACAGUCUCGUAGCAAUGCAGCAUCAACUUCUGAUGUUCCCGAUAAUAGGGCAUCUGAAGCUUCUCAGGGAUUUCGAUUUCUUAGGCGAAGAUGGGGUUUGUCCUCUCUUAGCCAAAAUCAUAGCUCUGAGCCAGAUUCAGAAAAUUUUAACCAAGAACCUGAAGGUAGAAAUACAGGACCAUGGUUAUCUUCCUCACUUAGAAAUAGAUGCACACCUUUGUUCUCUAGAAGGAGACGAGAGGGACGAGAUGAAUCUUCAAGGAUACCUACCUCUGAUAUACCACCUAGAUCUCAUCAUAUUUUUAGAAGAGAAUCAAAUGAAGUGGUUCACCUUGAAGCACAGAGUGAUCCCCUUGGGGCUACUGCCAACAGAUCACAAGCAUCUGCUGCUUCGAGUAAUGCUGCUACAGGUGGCUCCACAUCAGAUUCAGCCCACAGUGGAAGAAAUACAGGAAUAACAGGGGUCCUUCCUGGUUCCUUAUUUCGAUUUGCAGUCCCCCCAGCACUUGGAAAUAAUUUGACCGACAAUGUCAUGAUUACUGUAGAUAUUAUUCCUUCAGGUUGGAGUUCAUCUGAUGGAAAAAGUGAUAAAACUAAAAGUGCACCUUCAAGAGACCCAGAAAGACUGCAGAAAAUAAAAGAGAGCCUCCUUUUAGAGGACUCUGAAGAAGAAGAAGGUGACUUAUGUAGGAUUUGUCAGAUGGCAGCUGCAUCAUCAUCUAACUUGCUGAUAGAGCCAUGCAAGUGCACAGGAAGUUUGCAGUAUGUCCACCAAGAAUGUAUGAAAAAGUGGUUACAGGCCAAAAUUAACUCUGGUUCUUCAUUAGAGGCUGUAACCACCUGUGAACUCUGUAAAGAGAAGUUGCAGCUUAACCUGGAGGAUUUUGAUAUUCAUGAACUACAUAGAGCUCAUGCAAAUGAACAAGCUGAGUAUGAGUUUAUCAGCUCUGGUCUCUACCUAGUUGUGUUAUUGCACUUGUGCGAACAAAGCUUUUCUGAUAUGAUGGGAAAUACAAAUGAACCAAGCACACGUGUCCGAUUUAUUAACCUUGCAAGAACUCUUCAGGCACAUAUGGAAGAUCUCGAAACUUCAGAGGAUGAUUCCGAAGAAGAUGGAGACCAUAACAGAACAUUUGAUAUUGCCUAACUUCAUAUAAGACAAAUGGAUGAUCUGUGAACAAGUGUUUAUUAAAACUGGCAAUUAAGUAUGAAUUAAUUUUGUGGGGGAAUGCCUAUUGAAUACAUUGACUAUAUAUGUGUGUGUGUAUAUACACACACACAAGUAUAUAUAUUCAUUCUCAAGUAUUGCUGAAUUAAAAUUCUGCUGGACCUUUUAACAUGGCCAGUGAAUCUGUUUAUAAACUGGUAAUCAAAAAGUAUUUUUCUUUUAGGUGAGUGGGAAAGUGUUACCCUUGUUUUAGAUGUCUAAGCAAUGCUGAUGACUCUUUUUUGUGUUCUGAUUACUGCAGUCAUAUUUACGAAAAAAGGUUCAUGUUUUAGUCUCUUGCUAGUGAAAAAAGUGGGACAAAAUAUGCUUUUGAAAUAAAAAUGGCAGAUGGCACCUAAUUAUUUUUCCUUUCAAAAUGCCUUACGUUGCAGUCUCAUUUUCAUAAUUAUUUGCUUCCAGUGUUUCUAAAAAAUCAACUGGGGAGUAAGUUAUGAAAGCAUAUAUAUUAGGUUUCCAAAUUUAAUAUGAAUUAUAAAUUCACUUAGCAAUAAAAUCUAAUUUUUAAAAAAUAUAUAAGUAUAAAAUGUAUAAAUGAUGGAUAAAGUUUUGUAUUGAUUUGCAAAAUGCAGAUUAUAUUUGAUAGGCCAUAGUAUGUAGAUAUUCCUUUUAGGAAUAUUACAGCUGUAAAAUAUAUCAGAAUUGCCCGUCAAAUGCUAUUUGGGAAAAAAAUUAUUGCAAUCUCAAGUUAACAGAAUAUUUUUAAUCCCACAUUUAAAGUUUAAAACACUGGUUUUCAAUGUGUUUUUUAGUGUUGUCACUGCUUUAUAGAUAAAUAUGAUAUAAAUAACCUGUUUGGAUCCUGGUCGUUUUUAACUGUUCCUUGGUAAUUCUGAGCAUUUAUUUAGUGACUUAAUAUUUUUCACGACUUUUGGAGAACAGAUGAACAUUACCUAUUCACCAUGAAUAGAUCUACACUGUGGUCAUGAGUUGUGUAUACUUUCAUAACACUGUAUAUUUCCUCUGUCAACAGCCUUAGCAUACACUUUUAAACACCUUCAGGUGGUUUCAGAUUAAAUAAAGUCUUAUGUUACAGCAACGAACUACAUUUUCAGAACCUAAGUAGAAACCAUGUAAUUUCUCAAAUGUGAAUCAACAGUUUGCCCACACGUAGUUUGUUGGUCUUAAUGUAAAAACCUUGGCUGGAAAUAAAGUGCAUACUGAUUGAUUUACUUUAUAGUUUGAAAUGUUUCCUUUUAAAUUGGUGCUCAGAGUAGACUUCAAACAUUAGAGCCAAGAACUUUAUUAAAUAAAAUCCUGUUUCAUAUAAAAAUAUAUAACUUUCUAAAACAUUUGCUCAGCUCACAGGUUACCUUUGCAUUGCCUUAAAGAAAAAAUACAAAAUUUAAGGAUGCCAGUUUCAGUAUCUAUUGUCCAGGUCUUUAGGGAUGCUUUGAGUUUGAAACAUUGACACUUUUAAUGGAACUCAGCAUGCAAAUUAAGUAUCUUCUGCUUAACCCACAAAAGUUUUUAUUUAAAAAUUUAAAUAGUAGAAAACAUUCCAUUGGCAUGCAGUUUAUAGUUUUGUUAUAUGAAAUGCUUAAUGACAGAUACACAGUG